CCGAUCCACGCCAAGCUACCGCAUCUUUCAAAUAUGGCAGGUGGCCACUCGCACAGAUCGACGCUCAAAAACGACCACAAGCCUUUCAAGUCCAAACAUGCCACCAAGGGGCAGUUGAAAAACCAGUACAAGGGCAAGGUCGAGAAGGCCGCAGCUGGAUCCAAUAAAGCCACCCGUGUGCUCAGCAAGCUCGAGCGCAAAAACACUGCCAAGCAGUUGAAAGACAAGAAAAUCCUUGACACCAAGCUUGUGCGCAAAUUGUUCGAGGGCAGCAAUGCCGCGGAAAAGAUCAUCACUGUGAUCUCGUUGACGCAAGACGUUUCUGCUGCGGGGAUCCUCACGCAGCUCAUUACAUCCACCAAUGACGACGAGCUGGCUGCACAAGUCGACUUUGUUGCGCCCUCUGUGACCAGCUUGAAGUUGGACAAGUUCAAGUGCACGACACGCUUUAUUUUGCCCGAGCCCACCAACUUGAUUGCCAUUUUGGAUGCAGCCAAGGUCUCGGACUACGUGAUCUUCGGCCUCUCUGCAGAGGAGGAGGUUGACAAGGAGUAUGGCGAGCAGAUCUUGCGUGCCGUGAUUGCACAAGGCAUUGCCACUGCCGUGGGUGUCGUGUCCAACCUUGUAUCGGCAUACCCCAAGAAGAAUUUCCAGGCCGACGUCAAGCAGUCCUUGGAGUCGUUCUUCUCGCACUUCUUCCCCACCGAGGAGAAGUUGUACGCCAUCGAAAACAAGAGCGAGGCGCUCAAUUGUCUCAGGUUCAUCUCUCAGAAAUUCCCCAAGUCGGUCAACUGGAGAGACUCCAGGGGCUACUUGGUGGCCAGCGACGUCUCGUGGCAUGCCUCGGACGCCAACGAUGCAGGCUACAUUGUUGUCGAAGGUGUUGCCAGGGGAACCGGCUUCAACGCAAACAGACUCGUGCACAUCAACGGGCAUGGCGACUUCCAGCUAGAGCGCAUUGAAAAGGUCGCCAAGCACAAGAACGAUCAGCUGCAAACCUUUGCCCCCACCGAGGAGCAAGAGUCCUUGGACGACUUGAACCCGGAGGAAGUCGACAUGGACAACGACUUCGACGAGCUCGACUACGACGUGCAUGGCACGGGUAUCCGCAUGGAGGGUAAGAACUACUUCAACGAUGGCGACACUGGCAGUGCCAGAAGAUACAAGGCCCCCAAGGGCACCUCAGAGUAUCAGAACAAAUGGCUCUUGGACGACGUCUUGGAGGGAGCUUCCGACCUCGAUGACGACGACGACGACGAGCUUGACGCGGCGAUGAUGGACCAGGACGUCGAUGAGGAAAUGGACGUGGAACAGGGAACUGCUGCCACCGAGUACGAGCCUACCGAAGCUGGCGACUUCCAGUCCGAGCACUUCAUGGACUUGUCUCCAGAAGAGGAGGAAGAGCAGUUGAGGCAGUUCAGAAAGUUGGAGAAUGAAGACAGGGAGUUCCCUGACGAAAUCGAGUUGGACCCCAAGGAGCUUGCACGCGAGAAGCUCCGUGAGUACAGGGGCAUCAAGUCUUUGGGCACAUGUGACUGGGACUGGGAUGAGCAAGACUCCCAGCGUCCAAGUUUGUACAGCAGAUUGCUCAGGAUCAGCAGCUACAAGGCCACGAAAAACAAGUUGCAGAAAGACGCCGUCAAAGAGGCUCAGGUGGUAAUUGGCACCCGCGUGCGUCUUUACAUCAGAGCCCCCAAAUACAUUUUGGACGAUGUUCUGAUCAGCGAAAAGCCCUUCAUCAUCUACUCGCUCUUGCCCCACGAGCACAAGCUUUCCGUGACAAACUUCUCUUUCAAAACCUGGGAGGACUACGAAAAGCCCUUGCCUUCUGGAGAGGCGCUCGUGGUUCAAUACGGCUUCAGGCGUCAAGUCAUCUCGCCUACGUUCAGUCAGGGCUCUAACAACGCUAACAACGUUCACAAGUUCCAGAGAUUUGCCCAUUUCGGAGACACUUGUGUUGCCACCGCAAUUGCCCCGGCUCUUUUCUACAAUGCUCCAGCCAUCUUCUUCAAACAGAAGGCUGAUGGCCUGUUGGAACUUGUUGGGCAGGGCACGUUCUUGAACUGCGACCACACUCGGGUUAUGGCCGAAAGGGUCGUGUUGACUGGACAUGCUGUCAAAAUCCACAAGAGACUUAUUACUGUCAGAUAUAUGUUUUUCAACUCAGAGGACAUUGAGUGGUUCAAGGCGGUGCCGUUGUUCACCAAGUCUGGCAGAACCGGUUUCAUCAAGGAGAGUUUGGGCACGCAUGGCUACUUCAAGUCUACUUUCGACGGCAGGCUCAGUGCACAGGAUGUCAUUGGCAUGGCGCUUUACAGACGUGUUUGGCCUGGCCCUUCUUACUUGUGGAACCAGUAAUUGCGAUGUAUUCAAUUCAGGUGAGCAAGAACUAUGUACAAUAGGAUAUAUGUGGUGUGUAAAAAGAAAGAACUAUCCCGGUUUUAUUCUCUUGGACGGUCCCGGCGUACUC